AUGGCAGCAACUGAGGCUGAGAUAGCGGGGCUAUCGAGCAGAUGGGCCGAUAUCGAAUUGGAAGACGAGGACGCCGGUGUUGAGGCGCCGGCGGUCGACAGUGGCGCAGCGGCGGUAGCAGAAUCUUGGGUGGUGGUUGGCCGGUUUCUGACUCAACGAUUGAUCAAGGUUGAGUAUAUGCGACAGGUUAUGGCCUCGGCAUGGAAACCGGUAAGUGGUGUGCAUAUCACGGAGCUCCAACCGAAUCUUUUUCAAUUUGUAUUCCAUCACAUAACGGAUGUCCGGAGGGUUAUGGAUGAGGGACCGUGGUCCUUUGAGAAUUGUACGCUGCUCUGUAGGGAGGUGAAGGAUGGUCAAUUGCCGAAGGAUAUGGUGCUUGAUACAGUGGAUUUAUGGGUGCAGGUGUACAACCUGUCGGUUGGUUAUAAUACGGUACCGGUACUUGAACAGACAGGGAAUUUUCUGGGGAAAUUCUUAAAGAUUGAUGAAAGGCAGAUGAAGGGGCCACUCAAAGCUUUCUACCGAAUUAGGGUUUGUAUGUCUGUGGAUAAGCCCCUGAAAAGGAGGAUGAAAUUGAUUCGCCGGGACAAGUCUUGGGGGUGGGUGAAUUUCAAAUACGAGAGACUACAUACUUUUUGCUUUUUCUGUGGACUUUUGGGGCACUCGGAAAAGUUCUGCUUGAAAGCUAGAAACUCGACGUUGACUGCUGAACAAUAUCCUUAUGGUGUGUGGAUGCGAGCUGGGCAGGCAAGAGGACCACGGCCAGUCGGUGAAUCAUGGCUACUAACCGAGGAUGAUCCACCGAUCCGCCUGGAACCCGUGAGGGUGGCGCCAGAAAAACCGGUAGUAGGGGUACAAGGCCGAGAGGAGGAGGAGGAGGAGGGGGUAACGGCGUUGGCUAAGCGUCGCAGGCAGGAUAGUAGACAACUGACAGAUACAGAUACUAGUAUGGCAGAUAGCUCAAAAAACUUGCAUCAGGCGGGCUCUGGCCGUAGUGGUGGUUUGGCAUUGCUUUGGAGAAAGAAUAAUACUGCAAGAUUACUGGGUUACUCGAAGACACACAUUGAUGUGGAGGUGAGUAUAAGUGGUUUUCCGAACUGGAGAAUGACUUGUUACUACGGCUAUCCAGAACGUACACGGAGGACUGAGUCAUGGGAUCUAUUGAAACAGUUGGCAACACAAUCUGAGCUACCCUGGGUUGUGAUUGGCCACUUUAAUGAUCUCUUGUACCAGUAUGAGAAGAGAGGAGGAAAUCCACACCCGAACAGUCUGUUACGCGGCUUUGGAGAGACUAUGGAUCAGUGUGGUUUGGCACAGUUACCAAUGAGUGGUAAUCAGUUCACAUGGCAAACGGGCAAAGGCACUCCUGGAUGGAUUCAGGAAAAAUUAGAUAAGGUACUAGUCACUAACCGUUGGAGGGAUAUUGUAAAUGGGGUCACAGUUGCAAAUCAAUGGACUAGACGGUCAGACCACUCAGCUAUUUUCAUGGGGAUUCGGCAAUAUGGGAGUAGGAGGGGUGGGGGCCGAAGGUUUCGUUUUGAGAUGGCAUGGCUCUAUGAUGAGGGAUGUAGAGCGGUAGUGGCUGAGUCAUGGGAGGAGGGAAGGGAUAGGGGAGCACAAGGCUCGGAUCUAUACCGAGUGGAGAUGCAGGAAGAUGCAUACUGGAAGCAGAGGGCCAAACAGCACUGGCUCAAGGAUGCGGAUGCCAACACGAAGUUUUAUCACAGGUAUGCCUCGAACCGAAGGAAUAAGAAUACUCUAGUUAAAAUUAUGAAUAAUAGUGGUGAAUGGAUGGAAGGGGAUGAUAUGGCGGGUGUAGUUCUGGAUUAUUUUAAACGCAUUUUUACAACUAAUAAUCCCGUAAGCGGUGAUCUGAUCUAUAACAAUGUUACGCCACGAGUCACUCAGGCACAGAAUGAGGUAUUAAUGCGACCCUUUGAGGUUGGUGAGGUGAAAGAUGCUCUGUUUGAAAUGUAUCUUGAUAAGGCACCAGGGCCGGAUGGGAUGAACCCGGGUUUUUAUCAAAGUUUUUGGGAUAUUGUAGGAGGUGAUAUCUCGACUUUUGUUGUAGACUGUCUGAAUGCAAACUCAUUGCCACCUGGUUUGAAUAAUACCGAUGUUGUAUUAAUUCCUAAGAAAGAUGUCCCUGAACAGGUCACUGAUUUGAGACCAAUAGCGCUUAGUAAUGUCAUUUAUAGAAUUAUGGCCAAAAUAAUAACCCGGAGGAUGAAACCCCUAAUGGAUAGUAUUAUAUCUGAAUCCCAGAGUGCUUUUAUACCAGGCAGGUUGAUAACGGAUAAUAUUUUGAUUGCCUCAGAGGUAGGCCAUUAUUUGAACAGGAAACAGUGUGGAGUGGUUGGUUGGGGUGCCUUAAAAUUAGAUAUGGCGAAAGCUUAUGAUCGGAUGGAAUUGCCAUUUUUGAAAGGUAUGAUGAUGGCCCUCGGGUUUAAUGAUAAGUGGAUUGAUCUUAUUAUGACGUGUGUUACGACGGUAUCCUAUAAUUUCCUGGUGAAUGGGACACGGAGUGACUCACUAAUACCAACUAGGGGUUUAAGACAGGGGGAUCCAUUAUCGCCGUACCUGUUUAUAAUCUGUGCGGAAGGUCUCUCUAUGUUGUUACAACAGGCACAAGGAAGGGGUUUAAUACAUGGAUGUAGAGUAGCAAGGGGUGCUCCGCCUAUCUCCCAUCUUUUCUUUGCUGAUGAUAGCUUAUUAUUUUUUAAAGCAACUGUGCGGGAGGCAAAUGAAAUUAAAGGAUGUCUGGCUCUAUAUGAAAGUCUGUCUGGGCAAGCUGUUAAUUACCAUAAAUCCAGUAUAUGCUAUAGUAAGAAUACAACAGAGGAGGUCAGGGAAAAUGUGGCACAAGUUUUGGGUGUGGUUCAGGCUCCUAACUUUGGAAAGUAUCUUGGAUUGCCAUCAUUCAUUGGAAGGAAUAAGAAAGCCGCAUUUGCUUAUAUAGAGGACAAAAUCAGACAGAGAAUAGGAUCUUGGAACAAGAAACUAUUAUCGCAGGCAGGAAAAGAAAUCUUAUUGAAAAGGACUGACCAGAGAAUCCAUUGGAAAGCCUGGGAUAAGUUAUGUAUACCCAAGAAGUAUGGUGGAUUGGGUUUUAAAGACCUAAGAGCUUUCAAUGUGGCACUAUUGGGAAAGCAAGCUUGGAGGCUAUUGACCAAUACAGACUCUUUGGUUUCUAAAGUUUAUAAGGCCAGAUAUUAUCCUAACCAACCUUUUACUGAUGCAAUUCUAGGAAACAAUCCAAGUCAUUGUUGGCGGAGCAUUAUGACGGCUAAGAGUUUAAUUUGUAGUGGGGUGAGAAGACGAAUUGGGAACGGAGAUUCUACCUUUGUGUGGGGACACCCGUGGUUGCAAGAUAAAGAUGACCCCAUGAUCCAGACAGAAAUGCCACCCCAACUGAGUAAUGCCAGAGUAAUCAAUUUAAUUAACCAAGAUACAGGCACUUGGGAUUAUGAUUUACUUACUGAUAUUUUUGAGCCUGGUGAUGUGAGUAGGAUUCUAAAAAUACCAGUCUCCCCAAGCUAUGAUGACAUGUGGUAUUGA